CGUUCAACUCGGAAAUUCGCACACGAGUCUCUGAAAUCCUCUCUCUUCAACAAAGCGAACGGUUCCUUUCUUGUAUUCUUUCUCUCCUUCUCCUUCGCUCUAAUCUUUUCUAUCUGUUAUACCGCCACGCGCACCAUCUUCUUAUAUGUUCUGUUCUACAUAAAAGGAGAGCAGUACGGACAAUCCAACUGGAAGCUCUAACCUAACUUUCAAGGUAAUUUAUCAUUUCCGAUAGAGUGCAACGCGAUCGCCUGUUUCGUCAGCAUCAGCAUAUUCACGAGGACUUUUCGUUAAGGACAAAUCUUUUGUAAAAUGUUUCAGAACGUCGCAACUUGUAGAGCAAAUCUAAAAGGAGCUACGAGAUUGGUGCGACCAACAAGAAACUUAAGAAAUGGCUCAAGAGAACGUAUUCUGUCGCCUAUGCUUCCACCAACAUCGGUGGAAUUGCUCGGUGCACAAAUACAAUCGAUUCGACUGUAUUCAAAUCCAUCACGACGGCCAAGCUUUUUGUCUCAAUUUGUCGAGAAUAUCAAACAAGAGAUGCAAAAAAAUAAAGAAAUGAAAGAGUCGUUAAAAAAGUUUAGGGAAGAAGCUCAAAAAUUGGAGCAAUCAGAGGCACUGCGAACAGCACGACAAAAGUUUCAGGCUGUCGAAUCUGAAGCCAGCAAAGGUUCAGAAGUAAUUAAGGAAAAAUUCGAUACACUUAAAGAAAAGAUGCAAGAAGUCAUUGAGGAGGCGAGUAAGUCUGAACUCGGGAAACGCGCCGGCCAGUUGGGCGAAGAGAUUACGAAAUCAGCCAAAGAUGCGGCAGAAACAAUUUCCGAGAAGAGCCAAGCACUUGGUAAGACAGGUGCAUUUCAAACAAUAUCGCAUACCGCAGAAGCUGUACGGAAUGAACUUGACCAACAUGGAAUUCUAGGCAAAGUUUACGUCCCACCUAAGAAAUUAAGAAAGAGAAAUGAAGUGCCAAUAGAACCUAGAGAAAUUAUGCCUGAUGAGAAAGCGACAGGUGUAGAAGUGCACAAAGACUAUGUAUUUUCCAAUGCCUGGCAAAAAUUUAAGGAUAAUAAUCCAUACGUGAAUAAAGUAAUGGAUUGGAAGAUGAAAUACGAUGAAUCGGAUAAUGCCAUACUACGCGCUUCCAGAUUGCUUACAGAUAAAGUUUCGGAUAUUAUAGGCGGACUAUUUCAAAAGACUGAAUUAUCAGAGACACUUACAGAAAUCUGUAACCUGGAUCCUACUUUUAGUAAAAUACAAUUCUUGAAAGAUUGUGAGACCGACUUUAUCCCGAAUAUUCUUGAGGCGAUGGUCAAAGGUGAUCUCGAAAUUCUAAGAGAUUGGUGUCAUGAGGGACCUUACAACAUAAUCGCACAGCCACAUAAGGAAAUAAAAAAGUUAGGUCAUUAUUCAGAUAGUAAAAUUCUAGAUAUUGACAAUGUGGAUCUAGUAAUGGGCAAGAUGAUGGAACAGGGACCGGUCUUAAUAAUUAGUUUUCAAUCUCAACAAAUCAUGUGUGUGAAAAACUCAAAGAACGAGGUGGUUGAAGGAGAUCCCCAAAAAGUAAUGCGUGUCAAUUAUGUCUGGGUAUUGUGUCGUGAUCGAACGGAACUCAAUCCUAAGGCUGCGUGGCGUUUGCUCGACCUUAGUGCCACUAGUUCGGAACAAUUAGUAUAGUGCGUAAGUGAACAGCAUAAACUGGAUUAUUUGAAAGUUUGUACAGUGGAAUUACCGCGUAGUAUGUGAUAUCAUUCUGUACAUUGUCAUUAUAAUUUACAUUAAAAAUAAGUGACCGUGACAAGAAUUCCUUAAUGACCGUAUUAAUCGUUGAUCUAACGUACAUAGUGCACAGCGUAUUUUCUAUAAAUAAAAACAUUUAUUUAUGUAGACAAGAUCUUAACAACGUGAUAUUUGUAAAUUUUAAUUCUGCGUAAAUACAUACACGUUGCUAAGUUAUCACUUUCAAAAUAAUAUAUUUGUAAAUGCAUCGGUAUCAUAUUGUCUAAUAUAAUCAACAAUCGCAUAUUUGCUAUUUAAAAUAGAUUAUAAUUAAGAUAAUGUACAUUCAUCAUCCUUAUAACGAGUAAUAAUUAUUAUAAUUGCGUUUUAUUUAAUAACGUUAUAUAUUUUACUUAACAAAAUUUUCUUGUUCUUUUAUAUACAUUCUGAAAAAACCAAGAUGAUUUUUCAAAGAGAAAUUAUUUGAUAUUUUUCUGAUAUAAAAAGGGAUAAAUAUGAAGGCCUAGACACAGUAAAAGAAACAAAAAAAAAAA